CGUUUGGAUGAAUAUUGAGAGAAUGCAUUGACGGGUUAUUUUCAUCUGCGCUUUCAAUAUAUCAGCACAUUACGUGGAGUUUAUUAAGGCUGAUUGUGGAGGAUGGCGCUGUGGUUUGUGCUGCUUUGGGUCUCCAGUUUACAGUAUGCUGAGGUCGAGGCCUUCUUCGACUGGCUGAAGAAGGCUGACCCGGCUCCUACAGCUCCUCCUGCUGAAUCCAUUGUCCCGAUUCUCCUCCAUGGAGAGACGCCGGCCUUCGAGAUGAGCGUUGUGGACGAGAAGUUUCUGGCUGAAGCAAAGCAGAUGGAGCUCAGUCCACUCGACAGCUGCCAUUUCCGGGUUGUCGCUCAGCUCAAGGCUACUUGCAGCGCCCUAUCAGAGGAGCAGUUGGCCAAACUGGGCGUGGCUUUAUUCAACUGCCAAUCAGAGGUGGAGGGCCGCAGGACUUACCCCUGCACUGAAGAAAUGUCUAUAAAGGAGUGCACAGCGGAUAUGGACUCGGACACAUGGAAUGCAUAUCACAUUGUCAGUAACAGAGCGCGCUCAGUGUGCUACGCCACACGCCAGCAGCACUUCCGCAAGCGGGCGGAGCUGACAGUCAACGCCCUCAUCUCCACAGCAACAAGCCAGCUGGAUGCCAUGAAGGAUCUGAAGGAGGGUCAGAAGGAGCUGCGGGAUAUGACCGCUGCAUCUCUGGAUAAGCUGCUGGAGGGUCACGGGGCCCUUCAGAUCCAGCAAGGGGCCCUGAAGGAGGGCCAGGAGCAGCUGGACGCCUCCAUCAGUGAGAACCUGCAGAGACUGGCUCAGGAAAAGGCCCUCAUCAGCACUGGGCAGCAGUUGGUGGCUCAGCUCAUCCAGGGCAUUACACGGAGGAUGGAGAAUGUUAGUGGUCAGCUGAAAGAUCAGACCGCAGAAGUGCAGGAAGGACAUCAGGCUAUUCUGGAGGAUCUGGCUGUGGUUAGAGGAAGCGCCCAGGACAUCUAUGAGAAAAUGGAGCUCAAUCUGAAUGGCUUCCUCCAGCAGCAGAACACAACGGCUCAUUUCUACACGGAGCUGAUGAGGAAACUGGAGCUCAUGAACGGAACUCUGGGAUACAUGCUGACGUACCUGGACAACAUGCAGAACCGCCUGGAGGACCGACUGCACAUGAUCCAGGGAUACCUCGGCUGGGCAGGUCUGAGUCUGCGUGCGCUGUGGACGUGUGUGAUGCAUGCUGGGUAUUUUCUACUGUGUGCGGUGCUGCUGUCGUUCCUCCAGUGCACCACCUUCUCCAGAGUCACCCUGCUGCUCACGGUGCCUGUCAACGCCAUAGCGGAGAUCAACCAGCAGGCGGCGCUCGACCUGAUCUCGCUCACUUUACUGCUCAUCACACUUUCACUAGGUCGAUGGUUUGUGCUGCAGCUGCUUUGGGCUUUGUCUAAAAUCAAGGGUCAGACCUGCAGUCUUCCCCCUCAUCUCUCUAUCUGCCCCCCAAAAGAGAAGACUCCAGAAAAACAGCGUGAAUUUGGCGAGAAGUGCCCUGCGUCUUCGUCCACACCUGUCCAGAAUGACCCAGUGUGUGAUUUGGAGGUGGAGAGCUUCAUGAUGGGUGAUCCAUGCGUACUGGGCGUUUCUCCAUCUCACUGCCCACCAAAGUUCAACCAUCCCCACUUAGGUGGUACACCAAACCAUUCAACUCCGAGGCUCAAGAGCCGCCACAGCAUUGCAGCAACAGAGCUGGAUAACAUUCCUCAGAGGAACCUUGGAGUAUUUUUGGAGACCGUGAACCGCUCGCGAAGCUCAAGUCCCAAUCAGUCGUUCGCCAGCAGCAGUUCUUUUUCAGGACGCUCGCUGUGCAGCGGUAUCACCCGACUGGGUCAGCCAUGCAAAAAGAGGGCUGUGAUGGGUCAGGAUUACUGCAGAGUCCACGAAGGAGGACACACUUCCUAUAGCCGGCUGUGAAAUGGAUUCAGCGUCUCCUGUUUUUAAAACCCAUUUCUGUUUGCAGAGAGAUUGGCAGUGAUUUACUGCAGCACUGUUCACUUUUUAACUAUUUAAUCAUGAUAUUUUUGUGGUGUUGGUCAUUUAGGGCUGUGACAUGUUUGCUUUACUUUUAAAUACAUUUUCUAUUUAUAAUAAAUUAUGAAAAAUA